UUCAAAGGCCCCCCCUCCUGUCCCGCCCCCUCUACAAAUACCUCCAGAGCCUCUGACGUCAAUGCACGUCAGUCAGAGAACAUGAUGCCUCCUGCAAGUCAACUCGUGUACUCUCGCUAAUAGAGCUGAAAUAUUAUAGCUCUAUUGUAUUGGAAAAGGGAGCCGUGACACACCACCUAAACUCCUAAACGUACUGAUUAUUUUUUGUCGGACUGUGAAGGGCUGCCAACAACCAAGCUGGCCUGCCGAUCGGGAAUUUUACUUUGUCUAUUUUCAAUAGACACAUUCUAGCGGGCGGUUUGUUUCCCCCCGUCCGCCUUAUCUGGAGGCGCGAGUCGCAGGUCCCUAUCUCAUCUGGCCAAGCCUCGCAUUCAGAACAGCAUGGUCAUGGCUGACUGUGUCCAAAAGCCGAUGCUUCGGGGUCCUGUGCGAGUUGGCUUCUACGACAUCGAGCGUACGUUGGGAAAGGGGAAUUUCGCUGUCGUGAAGCUGGCCAGACAUCGCAUUACUAAGACGGAGGUGGCCAUUAAGAUCAUAGACAAGACCCAGCUCGACGCAGUGAACUUGGAGAAGAUCUACAGGGAGGUCCAGAUCAUGAAGAUGCUGGACCACCCACACAUCAUCAAGCUAUACCAGGUGAUGGAGACGAAGAACAUGCUUUACCUGGUGACCGAGUACGCCAAAAACGGGGAGAUUUUCGACUACCUGGCCAAUCACGGGCGUCUGAGCGAGCCAGAAGCUCGAAGGAAGUUCUGGCAGAUCGUGUCGGCGGUGGAGUACUGCCACAACCGCCGCGUUGUGCACCGAGACCUCAAGGCCGAAAACCUGCUGCUAGACGGCCACAUGAACAUCAAGAUAGCAGAUUUUGGCUUCGGGAACUUCUUCCAGCCAGGUGAACUUUUGGCUACAUGGUGUGGCAGCCCCCCGUACGCUGCCCCAGAGGUGUUUGAAGGCCAGCAGUAUGAAGGACCACAGCUGGACAUCUGGAGUAUGGGGGUGGUGCUGUACGUGCUGGUGUGUGGUGCUCUUCCGUUUGAUGGCCCCUCUCUCCCCGUGCUAAGGCAACGUGUGCUGGAAGGCCGGUUCCGAAUCCCCUACUUCAUGACCGAGGAGUGUGAGCACCUUAUUCGGCGCAUGCUGGUUCUGGACCCGUCCAAACGGCUGUCCGUGGCCCAGAUUAAAGAGCACCGCUGGAUGGCGUUGGACGUGCCAGUGCAGCGACCCGUUCUCUACCAGCAGGCGACAGAGAGGGAGGCCGGGGUGGGCGAGUACAGCGAACAGGUGCUCCGACUCAUGCACAGCCUCGGCAUAGACCAACACAAGACCUUAGAGUCUCUCCAGAAUAAGAGUUAUAACCACUUUGCUGCUAUCUACUACCUGCUGGUGGAGCGUCUGAAGGCCCACCGCUGCAGUUUCCCCGUUGAGCAGCGACUCGACGCACGCCAGCGGCGCCCCAGCACCGUAGCUGAGCAGACCGUCGCCAAGGCGAGUAGUGGAGGUGCGGCUCAGGUGGGCAUGCGUCUGCUUCGCUCUCCAGUUCUCCCUCAGUCCUCCGCAGACUCCUUCUCUAUCCCACAAUCCCCCACAACUGAGCACAGCCUCAUGGAGGAGGAUGUGGCGACACCCAAAGUUAAUGGCUGCCUGCUUGACCCCCUACCUCCCAUCGUCAUCCGUAAGUCCAGCACCUCAUCGCCUAGCAACAUGAUGGAGAUGUCUAUCGAUGAGGGCAUCGAGACAGAGGAGCCGGACACAGAAGAGGACCCUGCCCACGUCUUCAGCACCUUUCAGACGGCUCGCUUUGGACAGCGGAGACACACCCUCUCAGAGGUCACCAACCCACCAGGAGCACUCAUGACAAGUGCAGGUAAGCUGUUCAGUAUGGGCCAGAACCCAUCGCUGGGCAGUGUGGAUUCGGAGUAUGACAUGGGCUCCGUGCACAGUGACUUGGGCCUGCUGGAAGACGCACCCCCUCUGUCAGAGGCGGGGCUGGCCAACGCGUCAGUCACACGGAUGACCCAGCCCUUCCUCGCUGGCCGCCCUGCCAAUCCCACGAUGCAGGCACUCAGCUCACAGCGCAGAGAGACACACAACCGCUCACCAAUCAGCUUCCGGGAAGGCCGGCGUGCCUCCGACACAUCUCUCACACAAGGUCUGGUAGCAUUCCGACAGCACCUGCAGAAUCUGGCCCGUACCAAAGGCAUCCUGGAGCUCAAUAAGGUGUACGAGCAGAUGGGCUCUGGGGAAGACCCCUCACUGGGCCUCACACACCCGCUGGACCCACAACAGCUGCUGGACCCCAUGCUGCAGGGGGACUCAUCCCAUCACCAUGACGGCAUGGCCAUGUUCUCUGCUGGUGGCCAUCCUCCGCUGUUGUCACGGAGACAGAGCCUGGAGACGCAGUACCUCACACACAGGAUGCAGAAGCCUAACCUGCUAGCCAACAGCCCCAGUUGUCAGAUGUUUUGUAAAGAGACACCCCGCAGCCUGGAGCAACAGCUACAGGAACACAGUGUGCUGUCGUCCUCUGGCAGGUUGCAUCAGAAGCGGCUGUACCUGCACAAGCAGUCGCAGCUGCAGGCCUACUUUAACCAGAUGCACAUCGUAGAGGGCGUCAGCCCCUACCCCCACCAACACCAGCCCCCACUCAGCCUCCCGGACCCCCCUGGCGUGGCGGCCCCGGGCUCCAUAGCGCCCCCCACAGGCCACCCCCAGCACCAGCAGCAGCCCCUGCCCCCAUUCGGCCGCUCCCAGACGCUCAGCCCCCUCAUGAGCCCCGGCCUGGAGCCCAUGCCCUUUGACCCCUACCUGGGCCACUACCCCCACCUUCAUCCCCACUCCAUGCCCCCCCACCCUGAUGCCCUGAGCUACGGGUACCCCCCUGGCUGCGAACAGGGCCCUCUGCCCCUGGGCGAGCCUCUGUACCAGGAGCAGUACGAGUACCCUCUGGAGCCAGGACAGCCCCCGCCACCCCCUCCCCCACUCGGGCCCCCCGGGCAGGCAUCAGCUGGGGCAGGAGGGGGAGCAGGUCAGGCAGGGGCGGCGGCGGCUGCGGCAUACGAGGGUUUGACCCUGCAAGGCGACGCCUUCCUGGACAGCGAGAUGAUGGAGACGGUGGACACGCAGCACGGCUUCGUGCUGGUCAACUGAGCCCGGACACACACCAGCAGACACCAGGACGCCUAUUUUAACAGUGUUACUGUGACAACGGGGUGUUGCGUUCUGGGGAGGGGGGAGCCUGACCAAGGGAAGGACGAUUUUCUAUUGUGAUUACCUACACAAACAGUAACACUACUCUGUGACCGUGCUGAAGCUAAGGACUCCAAUACUAUCUUGUGUUGUUUUUGUUUUGUUUUUUGACACCACAGUCCACCCUCCUACCUCCCAAAGUCCCCACUGCCUGGUACAGCUAUGGCCACUCUCCAGAGUGUGUGUGAGUGUGUGUGUGUGUACCCUGCUUAAGACACACACACACACACACACACAUGUGGAUGUGUCUACACACACCCAUGCAGGAGGAGUGAGCUGAGCUGUAUGUUUGUGUGUGUGUGUGUGUGUAUGUGUGUGUGUGUGUGUUGUGCGCGCACAGCAGCAGAGGUGGGCCACGGAGUGUGUGUUAAUGUGGCCCGAGCCCGAAGCUGGCAGGCAGAAGCAGCACACACACACACACACACACACACUCUUCAUAGGAACAAACUCACCCCCAACCUCAGGCCUGCGCAGCAAGCACCUUCGGUGCACACACACCACGCCAUCAGAGCAGAAAGCUGAGCUACACAACCCCAAGCAGUGGUGGUGCAUUACUCUCAGUGUGUGUGUGUGUGCGUGUGUGUGUGUGUGUGUGUGUGUGUGUGUGUGUGUGUGUGUGGCAAAAUUGAAGCAAUAUAUUGAUCAGAGUAUGAGAGAAGCCAUAAGAUGUGUCUUGAGUCAACCACUGCAGUGAGCUGCUGAGGAAUCACUGCAGUCUGUCCUGUGAUGAGCACUGCUGAACAUCACUGCAGUCUGUCCUGUGAAGAGCACUACUCUGCUGAACAUCACUGCAGUCUGUCCUGUGAAGAGCACUGCUGAACAUCACUGCAGUCUGUCCUGUGAUGAGCACUGCUGAACAUCACUGCAGUCUGUCCUGUGAUGAGCACUGCUGAACAUCACUGCAGUCUGUCCUGUGAUGAGCACUGCUGAACAUCACUGCAGUCUGUCCUGUGAUGAGCACUACUCUGCUGAACAUCACUGCAGUCUGUCCUGUGAUGAGCACUGCUGAACAUCACUGCAUUCUGUCCUGUGAAGAGCACUACUCUGCUGAACAUCACUGCAGUCUGUCCUGUGAUGAGCACUGCUGAACAUCACUGCAGUCUGUCCUGUGAAGAGCACUACUCUGCUGAACAUCACUGCAGUCUGUCGCGGUGAUGAUGGCUGCUGAACAUCACUGCAGUCUGUCCUGUGAAGAGCACUACUCUGCCGAACAUCACUGCAGUCUGGUUGAGUUGCACUCUGGGGACUGGUGUCUUGCGGGACCCCCCCCCCCCCUCAAUAAUACACUGGAAACCCACACCACAACCACCAACCUUCCCACAACCCCCAACAUCUUCUAAUCUCCUACAUCUCCAGCAUCACUGCGUAUGGCACGUAGCCCCAUUUCACCUCUCCACCACUAUCCCCCACCACCCCCAAACCUCAUCGGAGCGACGCCCAGCAAAUCGCCCCCCACCCCCCUCCUGCAGUACUCAUAUUAAUCUACUUGAAACCUACAGAGGAUCUCUGAGACACACGGCGCUACAUUACUGGACAAGCAGGCCUGAUCACUUGGACUGAGUGGACACACGACACCUCAGCAGAGGCCAGACUGUAGAAUCUGUGUGUGUGUGUGUCUGUGUGUGUGUGUGCGUGUGUGUGUGUGCGUGUGUGUGUGUGUUUUCUUAGUAAGAGAAUUUACUGGAGCACUUUUUUUCCCCAGGAAGUGAAAAGGAAAGCUGUGUGUGUGUGUAGAGGUAAAUGUAAUGUAGUGGGAAGAGUGAGAGAUGUGUUCCACUGCUGGUCCAGGAGGCUGAUGACCAGUAGUGCGGACUGCUCCCAGCCGGACUCUCCCAAUAACAGACUCGAGCUGGCCGCUUCUUCCGGGCCCACAGGACACCUUCAUGUGGUUGUUUCACAUGCUUUAUUUCAAAAAGUCAAAUGGUAUUAGGAAUUUAGACAUUUUUGAAAAGUGGUUUGAAGAUGCAACCAAUAUUAUGUUAAAUGUGAUAGUGUUCAUUGUGCCUUCUCUGUCUCUCCUCUUUCUUUCUAAAUUAAGAUUUGAAGAACUAUAUUUUUCAGUUUGAUUCCUCUUUCGUUUUUAAUGUUGGAAUUCCUACAGAUCAUGUGUGUGUGUCGACCCAGGUUUUUUUUCCAGAGGUACAAAACCAAAGUCCCCUCAGAAGUCGGCCCAGACAGCGCCACCAUGUGGGGCUCGGGCUUAUUGGUUAGCUUUUCGACAGUGUAUUUUUUUUUUCUUGUUGUUGUUGUUGUUUUGGUCAAUCAGUAUAUGCCGUUGAAAAGUAUUAUAGCAAUAUUUCUUGAAUACUAGUUCUAAUGAAUAUGAGAAUAGUGAAUGUGUCACAGAACCCUAAUCACAUCCUUGCUGGCAAACACCAUUCAGUUCGACAUCCACCUUUACAUUUACCCUCCCCACGUUGACCACACAUAAGCUAACUUGCUGUAGAGAUUAAAAACUGAAAAGAUUUAUUGAUCAA